AUGGUUUCCAAAAUGGAAUCUCUCAUGGAUCUGGUGACGCAGAACCAGCCGCACUUUCAAACACGUCAAGCCCUCCUUGUCAUUGGCCUACAAAACGACUUUUGUCAACCCGACGGCCGGCUUCCAGUCGAUACCAGCACCGGCUUUCUCGAGCGCAUCGGAACACUGAUUCCCAAGUUUAGAGAAAUCAGCGGCAAUGUGAUUUGGGUUCAGACGCUGUAUGAGGCUGAUCGGAUUGCGACCGGAGCAGACACGGGCGAAGGCGACGCCCUGGUCGUGGGCGGGCUGAUUGAUGGAGACGAGAGCAGCACCGAGGCUGGCGACGAAGAGUUGGGCAAGGAAGCAGCCUUGUUGCCUGCGCAGUCACGAUCUUCAAAACACAAGCAACGAGCCCUCGACUUGCUAAAGCGCGUCUCGGCGCGCAGAAAGACGCUUCCAAAAGAGAUUGCCAAGGCGUCGGUCGAAGAGGACGAUGAGCUGUUUCUGUUAAAGAGCGAGAAUCGGACGCCAGCAUGUGUACCAGGUACAAGCGGAGCCGAGUUCGCAGGUCCCUUUGCUGGCCAGAUUCAACGGCCGGCAGACAGUGUCAUCAAGACGACAAACUAUUCAGCCUUCCAGGGCACGAACCUGUUGAUGACUUUGCGCGCAAAACUCGUUACUGAACUCUUUAUAUGCGGAUGCAUUACUAAUGUGUCUGUGCUUGCAACCGUCAUUGAUGCAGCCCGACAUGGCGUUAAGAUUUGUGUCGUGGAAGACUGUCUGGGCUUUCGCAAGGAGAACCGUCAUGACUUGGCCUUGAGACGCAUGGACGAAUUCUUUGAUGCCUACCUGGUCAAUAGCGAGGAGAUCUUGAGCAAGGAGCCUCUGCCAACGUCCAAGAAACCAGCAAAACCUGACAAAGAUAGUCAACAAGCUCUCGAGUCGGCUCUGGGCAAAAUGUCUCUGGGCGAAACCAAGAAAGCUGAGAAUGAGUUGAAGACUGCAAGUGAGCGUGGUCCAGAGACUAGCGACAAGGACUUCUCCGAUUUGCUAGUCAGGGGUGCCCAGCUACCUGCAGAGGAACAAGAACCGAAGCCGCAACUGGUCAAGACUAAGAUUCGAAUGCGGACGGGCAGGACGAAGAAGAAGAAAAAGGCAAAAGAAGAAGUCAGCCCGGAAGAGCCUGCUACCAGCACAGCCGAAACACAGCCUACGUCAUCUCAACCUUUACCAACACCGCAAAUCACCAAGGCGGAAAGCGUGGUUGACUUGCGUGAAAAGGAAACCAAGCAACAGGCGUUGAAGAAUGCAGCAUCUGUACCGGCUCUGUCUACAAAGGGCGAGGAAAAGGAAAAGAAUCGAUUAUCCGACUUCUCCGACCGUGUGCGCCUCUCAUUGGCAAGGGCACCGAAAUCCGACGAAUCGAAACGGGUAUCACUCGCAUCGACUACUUCAAAGCACGAAGACAAGGCUUCUAUAAAGCAGGAAGAUACAGCUCCUGCAAAGACAGGCCCCGUUACUGAACCAGAGCCAGUUGAGACGCCGUCCAAAAAGACGUCCAAGAUACCUUCGCUUGCAAAUCUGCCUGCAUUAGGGCCUGAAGAUACUAUUGCAGAGGGAGACUCGUGCAUCAUUUAUGAUUUCUUCCCUGCCAAUGUUAUACAUCCCUCUAAUCCGUCCAAGCCGCUCAAGGAUUUGAUUUUCCUACAGCUCUACAACGAAGUACGAUGGCAAAAGAUGCUGCACCGGCAAGGCGAGGUUCCACGUCUUGUAUGCUGUCAGGUUAAUGUAAGCUUUGGGUCACAGCGUACAAUGCGCCUACGGACCAAAAAACCCCUGUCCAAAACCGACGAGCCCGGCACUGCAGACGACGCGACCGACCAACGCAAAACGCAACGCGUACCCAUGCCACACAAUUCCAUGUUUGUCCUAGGCCUGAAGAGCAACUCCAAGUGGCUCCACGGCAUCCAACCCGACAAGCGCAUUGCCUCCGAACGCAGCGCCGCAGAAACAAGCUACAACGGCAUGCGCAUCAGCCUCACCUUCCGCCAAAUCGGUACCUUCCUCGACGCCAAAGAAACCACAAUCUGGGGCCGAGGCGCCACCUCGAAAACCACCCGCGACGCCGCCGAUGUCAUCAACAACGACGAAGAAGAAGCCCAGCGUCUAAUCAUCGCCUUCUCGCGCGAAAAUCAAGACCCAGAUUUCUCCUGGCAAGACCACUACGGCGACGGCUUCGACGUCCUCCACCUACACAACCCACCCCCACCUGACACGCCCCUCCUCUUCGCCUCCAACAACACCAUAGAAACCCAACAAGCCAUGAUCGGGCUUGCUGAAGCAAAAAUCUCAUACACACUCAUUGAUGCCCCACAGCUAGACAUGUCCUAUGAACUAGACCGCCAAGUCACCUUCCGUGACAACGACACCCACCACACUGAGAUUCACAUGUCUUCCUCUGUCCUCUUAUACCUAGACCGUUACCACGCACUCGAUACGUCCUCCGCUUCUAACCCCGUCACAGCCAACGCGUACCUCGUUAUGCUGCUCACUGCCGGAAUCAUUAAAGCGUGGUUGAACAGAAGGGUGCCGGGGUAUGAAGCCGAGCUGAGAAAUCUGGUGCUGAGACUGGAAGAGGAGGUCGGGGUACUGGGAGGCCCAUUUGUAGCAGGGAGUAGGUUUAGUAUUGCAGAUUGUUACGUUUGGCCCGUUGUACAUGUGUUGGUAGGGGAGUGGGAGGGUUGGGAUAAGGCGGCCAUGGGUGGGUUGGAGGAUUGGUAUAGGAAGUGUUGGAAGAAGAAGGCGUGUGUCAAGAAGGUUGCUGGGUCACUGGCUGGAGGAGAGGUUGAAAAAUGGGGGAAAGGCGGGUGUAUAUUGUGA